AUGUCCCAGGUGUACAAAUCAGAGCUCCAGGAACAGUUCGUGGACGCAACUCUCGAAGAGCGUCGUCUGCAUGAAAACAAGAUCCGGCAGAAGUACUGGCUCAAAUGGGGCCCGUAUCUCAGCGAGCGUGCGUGGGCCACAGUCCGCGAAGAUUAUUCGCUGAGCGGCGAUGCCUGGAGCGAUUUCCCCUUCGAGCACGCCGCAUCCAGGGUUUUCAGGUGGGGGGAAGAUGGUAUUUUCGGCAUUUCUGACAACCACCAGCUUAUUUGCGCUAACCUUGCGAUGUGGAACGGCCACGACAAAAUCCUCAAAGAGCGCAUGUUCGGCGUGACAGGGCCUCAGGGAAACCACGGCGAGGACGUCAAGGAGCUCUACUACUACGUGGACAGCACGCCAACUCACUCGUACAUGAAAGCUCUUUACAAAUACCCAUUUGCAAAGGCGUACCCCUAUGAAGAGUUGGUAGCCAAAAACGGGGAGCGUGGGUAUGAGGACCGCGAGUUUGAAGUGCACGAGAUCGACGGGCUUUACACGAGCGAAGAGCACGGAGACAUGCCUUAUUUCGAUGUGGUUUUCGAAAUGGCCAAAGGCGACGACAAUCCCAACGACCUGAAUUUCAGAAUAACCGCUUACAACAGAAGCGACAAACGGGCCGGGGAACUGUAUCUAAUACCACAAGUGUUUUUCCGGAACACUUGGGGGUGGUGUCGCAACACUGCUGAUAAACCUGUACUUUCCAAAGGCGGUAGUAAUUAUGUUGAUUUGCAGUGCAAGAAAUACGGCCACAGAACUGCAGUCUUUGCCCCAUCUCCCGGCGGUUUUGGUGACGAAGACGGCGAGACUCAGGAUGUGGAACCGCAAUUGUUGUUCACGGAAAACGAGUCAAAUCUGGAGAAACUAUUUGAAAGCGGUCCCAACCCAGCGCCUUUUGCCAAAGAUGCUUUCCAGGAAUACGUAGUGGAGAACAAUGAAGACGCAGUGAACCCUGAGAAUGUUGGAACCAAGAGUUGUGCAGUCUAUCAUUUCCCCGAAGUGCCACCCGGUGAAUAUGUCACGAUCAGAUACAAGUUGACCGAUAUAGAGCUCCCCAAAUAUAACGAUGAGUUGAUCAUAGAUGAAGAGGAGCUCGAUGCUAUUUUCGAACGCCGUGAACAAGAGGCGGACAAUUUUUACUGGAAGAUCACUCCGCUUCACAUCAGCGAUGAGCUAAGACGCAUCCAAAGACAAGCGUUUGCUGGCCUAUUGUGGUCUAAACAGUUUUACCACUUUAUUCAAGAUCAAUGGUACAAUGGUGAUCCAAAUGUCAAACCACGUCCUCCUCCCAAUAGAGCCAACGGUAGAAACAAAGAGUGGAAGCACAUGUACAUCGAUGAUAUCUUGUCUCUACCGGACAAAUGGGAGUAUCCAUUCUUUGCUUCCUGGGAUACGGCUUUUCACUGUAUUCCAUUAGCAAUGGUCGAUCCCGAGUUUGCCAAGCGACAGCUCGAUCUUAUGACUCGAGAAUGGUACAUGCAUCCUAAUGGUCAAAUGCCUGCCUAUGAAUGGAAUUUUGGUGAUGUCAACCCUCCUGUCCACGCUUGGGCAGUGUACCGGGUUUUCAAAAUCGAAAGAAAUAUGUAUAAGCGCGAAGAUCGCGUUUUUCUGGAAAGAGUGUUUCAAAAGCUACUCUUGAAUUUUACGUGGUGGGUCAACAGGAAGGACUCCAAUGGCCAGAACAUUUUUGAAGGUGGUUUCUUGGGGCUUGACAACAUCGGUGUUUUCAAUAGGUCUGAGCCUUUACCGACCGGCGGUACGUUGGAACAAGCUGACUCGACAGGUUGGAUGGCUUUUUUCAGUCUGCAAAUGUUGAACAUUGCCCUAGAAUUGGCUAAAGAGAACCCGGUGUAUGAAGAUAUUGCAUCCAAAUUUUUCGAACAUUUCAUAUUGAUCAGUGAUGCCAUGUCUUUUGAUUAUACAAAGAACACUGAAGGUGAGGAAUUCCAUGAAGAGGUGAAAGAGUCUCUUUGGAAUGAAGAAGAUCAAUUUUACUAUGACGCAAUUUCCUGGGGUGGACCCUUCAGGCAACAGCUACCCAUAAGAUCUUUGGUUGGCUUGAUCCCACUGUAUGCCUGUAUGACUUUGGAGCCACAAAUUCUGUACAAGUUUCCCAGCUUCAAGAAACGGGUUGACUGGUUUAUUAACAAUAAGCCCGAAAUAUUUGGGAGAAACAUUGCUUCUAUGAAGAAAAGAGGUGUUGGCGAGAGAUUGCUGUUAUCCUUAGUCACCAAAGAAAGAUUGGAAGCAAUUUUGAGACGUAUGUUGGAUGAAAGCGAGUUUUUGUCUGAUUUUGGAAUCAGAUCUUUGUCCAAGUAUCAUGAGGAACACCCAUUUUCAAUGGACGUGAAUGGCAACCAAUACACGGUCAAAUAUUUAUCGGGCGAAUCCGAUUCGGGAAUGUUCGGUGGUAACUCAAAUUGGCGUGGUCCUAUUUGGUUCCCGGUAAACUUUUUGUUGAUUGAGUCGUUACAAAGAUUCUUUUUGUACUACGGGUCUGAUUUUAAAGUGGAAUGUCCAGUUGGAUCUGGAACUAUGAUGAACUUGGCUGAAAUUGCGGAGGAAUUGGAACACAGGUUAAUUCAUUUGUUCAUGCCCGAUGAAAAUGGAGUGCGUGCUGUCUACGACGGUGACAGUGCAAAUAUGUUGUCCGGAGAUAAAUAUUUCAAGGAUUUGAUUCCGUUCUUCGAAUAUUUUGACGGAGAUACUGGCAGAGGUUUGGGAGCCUCUCACCAAUGUGGCUGGACCGCGUUGGUGGCAAAGUGGAUUCACGAUGCUGGUGUUUCGUGUAUCCGUCUGCCAAGAAGCUCCAGAAACUCAACCUCGGCAGCUGCGAGUGUAACGUCGCGUACUUCUUCACCUGUCCGUCCCGGCCUAGGCCGCAUGGCGAGACGUAAGAGUGCUAAAUCGCUCGUCAAUCUAACAGGGACUCUGUUGGACUUGACUGAAGAGGAAAAACAAAUGCACAGGUUGGGCAAUGUCCGUAAUCGUUCGAACUCACGUGCCGAGACCCCAGGGGAGUCUGAGAAGUUGCCUGCGCCUGUUGAGAAAGCGGAUAGAGAACUUGAUGAAAGUGGUUCCAAAGCUCCAACCACUCACAACUCGGAGGCUGCUGUAAUUGAGGACUUGAAAAAGAAGUUGUCUUCCUUCGAUGUAAAGGAUAACGCAGAGGAGAGAGCUUGCGAAGGGGAACUUUUGAAUACUCGUGACGACAAUUGA